GCUCCGCAAGACGUUCUCUCAUUUUCAGAAGCCGUGAACAAUGAAGUGCAAACAUCGCAUACAUUGGGCCCGAAUGUUCGCCGUGACCCGUAUCGUGUUCCAAUUAUUCGGUUGCAGCUGAGUCGAAGCCUUCCAAAGGCGUUUCCUGAAAUGCGAGACGAGCCCUUGGCAGUUUUCGGUGAC